AUGGUAACACGAAGUGCUCGAAUCCGUUUUACCAGCCACGUUGCUGCCGGCAUGCAGGACAAGCCUGGCGCCUACUUUUCGGAUUUACUGCUGGCAGUUGUCCGUUCGUUGUUGCUGCCGCUGCUGCUGCAGGAGAUUAGAGCA